AUGGCAGAAGAAGUUACCGACUCCAAGCCCGUCUCGGAGGCUCUACCCGAUGCCCCGGAAGCUACCCCUGCAAAGCAGUCGGUGCACUCUUUCAAGAAAAAAUAUGCCAAGUUGAAAAUGAAGUUUACCAAGCAAGAGUUGGAGAGCGAGGCUCUGAUUCGCGAAGAGCUCCGCAUCGAAGAUCUCUCCAAGCGCAUCCAAGAACAGAACGAUCAAUUGCUUGAAAUCCUCCUCGAGUUCAAUGACAGUCUCCAUGUGUCCCCGUCUGUACGAUACGACUUGACUAUGCCCGAUGACGCCCCUUUCCUUCCACCUGCCGAACAAGAGAUUGCGCCCCUGAUUAGUGACGCGGCCCUCGCCAGAACCGCAUUGAAGGAAGCCAAAUCUGAAUUAGCAAACGGCAACCUCUCGACGAGCGCUUAUCGACAGGUGGAAGAGAGCGUCAAGCGGAACAAGGAGUUUGCUCCAGCAAUGCAGUACAGUAAAUUGAUCCAAAUUCCGCACACCGCCGCCAGUGCUCCAGACCAAGAGCAAGGAUCCAACGGUGUCAGACGCACACUCGGAUAUCUCACUCCCGAGCGUGAAACCGAGUACUACCUAGCACUGGACGCCAAGCUGGGGGACGAGACAGCUAUAGCGCAACUCGCGCGUAUCCCCGACCCACCCACAUUCGCCGAGCGAGAGCGAGAAGCUGUACUGCGAAAUCCCGCAUCGGUCUACAACUGGCUGCGACGCAAUCAACCACAGGCCCUGCAGGAUCACGAGGUCGCAUCGGAGAAGUCUACGUCACGCCCGUCCAACGCGCGCUCCUCGAAGCGGGCGCCUGCACAGCGCAAGGAAGAGGAGACUCUCGAUGAGGAUGGGAUGGAACAGGAGCCUACGCCGAAAAACAAGCGCAAGCGUGACGAGGAUGCUGGAUAUAGGCCCAAGGGAGGCAAUAGCCGUUCAAAGAAGAAGAAGGAUGAGCCUGCGGCUUCUGCCAAUCGCAGUGCAAAGAAGGCAUGA